AACGUGAUCAGUAAACAAACCAUUAUUGUAUUUCAGCCAUAUCCGUUGAUUCGCCAGACGGCAAGCAUUAAUCCGGACGCUUUUGGGAUUUCUAUCUGUUCCACGGAUGGGCAACGAUUUUCUAUCGGCGAUGCGAAAGAUCCGUUUCUUCUUCUGUCAUGCAGCAAUGUUUUAACUUACUCGUUGGCGAGGACGCAUUUGAGUUCGGACGAAGUCCACGAGUACGUUGGGCAGGAACCAAGUGGACGGAAUUGUUCGGAACUUGCUGUGGACUCGAAUAACCGACCACACAAUCCGAUGAUAGAUGCGGGGGGAAUAAUGAUCGCCUGCUUGCUGCAAAAACUCGCUCAACCGGACAUGAAAUACUCGGAGGUCUUCGAGUGGGUAUUCAGCUACUUCAAAUGCCGGGCAAUGGAAGGGACAUGUGAGGCGUUGGCGGUUGUUGCUGCCACGUUGGCCAAUGGCGGCAUUAAUCCCAUCACCGGCGAGACUGUGCUGAGCUGUGACGCCGUCACUGACACUCUGUCACUGAUGCACAGCUGCGGCCUGAAGGGCUACUCGGGCAAAUUCGCCUUUGAAGUCGGGAUGACGGCGAAGGCCGCCGAGUCAGGGGCGAUCAUGGUCGUCGUGCCGAAUGUGCUGGGAUUUUGUGUAUGGUCCCCGCCUGUGGACAAGUUCGACGUCUCGACUCGAGGCUUGAAAUUUUGUCAGAAAAUAGUGACUGCUUUCCCGUUCCAUCAUUUCGACAACGCGAAGCAUGACAAGAUGAAGUCUGACCCUUGCAUGGCGGAGGUGUACGAAAAGUCGGAAGCCGUGGUGGCGAUUCUGUUCUCUGCUGCUUCUGGUGACGUCACGGCGAUGAGGCGCUUCUUCAUGUCCGGAAUGAAUCUCAAUACGGCCGACUACGACGGAAGGACGCCGUUGCAUUUGUCGGCGGCCGAAGGCCACACCGAGUGCGUCGAAUUCCUCGUCAAGACUUGCAAAGUGGAUCCCAAUUCGAGGGACAGAUGGGGACAAACACCACUGGAUGAUGCUAAAUUGUUUAAUCAUCAAGGAAUAAUCGAUAUCCUACGACAAGCAGGCGCACUUUCGAAGGAUGAAAUGAAAUCCCAAAAUACGAUACCCUCAAGAACGAACUCGAUUUCUUCUGAACCAGUUACUAUUGCA